AAGAUACCGAUGUCGCCAUUAGAAUACAAUGGCAAAAAGAUACCAAAAGAAAGGUACAUUUAUUGGAAUCUAAUAUACAGCCCUUCAUCAAUCUGCUGCCGUGAGUGUCAUCAUUGUCGGCGCAAAUUAAAUAACAUCCUCUCAGGGACACAGGCAGGUUUAAAUCUAAAACAUUGCUCGAAUUCAUGUGUACACGUGAUUUUUCUUACGUUUUUUCUUGUUGCAAAGGCAACAAAUGAUGCCAUAUCUAGCCUGCUCCGUUAAGUCCUCACCUCGUUAAUGCAACGAUCUUUUCUCACAGGACUUCCAGGUGAUGAACCUCCUGGGAAAGGGUUCAUUCGCGUGCGUGUACCGCGCACGCUCCUGCCACACGGGCAUCGAGGUGGCCAUCAAGAUGAUUGACAAGCAGGCGAUGCGGAGGGCAGGCAUGGUGGAUCGCGUUCCGUGCCGAAGUGGAGAUCCCACUCACAGCUCAAGCAUCCCGCGAUUUUGGAGAUGUACGGCUGCUUCGAGGAUGACAACUACGUGUACCUGGUGCUGGAGAUGUGCCACAACGGGGAGAUGAGCCGCUACCCUCAAAAUCAAGGCGCCCCUUCACCGAGGAGCAAGCGCGCCAAUUCCUGCGUGAGAUCUCCUCGGGGCUGCUCUACCUGCACAGCGCACGGGGUCAUCCACCGCGACCUCACGCUCGCCAACCUGCUCCUCGCCUCCGACAUGUCGACGCGCAUCGCCAGACUUCGGCCUGGCGGCGCGGCUGCCCUUGCCCGGCGAGUCGCGGCUCACCGUGUGCGGCACGCCCAACUACAUGUCGCCCGAGGUGGCGUCGCGAGGCCCGCACGGUACCCCCGCCGACGCGUGGGCCCUCGGCUGCGCGGCCUACGCCAUGCUGGUGGGGCGUCCGCCCUUUCAGGCGUCCGCCGUCCCGGCCACGCUGGCGCGCGUCAUGCUGGCGCGCUUCGAGCUGCCGCCGACGCUGUCGCCCGCAGCCCGCGACCAUCCUGCGCCGGCUGCUGCGGCGAGACCCCGGCAAGCGGCCAGGCCUGCCCGCCGUGCUGGAACACCCGUUCCUGGCAGACGGCGGCGGCGAGACGACGGCCGGGCUGAUGGCCGGUCCGCCACUUCGGCCGGGAGACGAGGGGUCGCUGGACAGCGGGAACGCCACCAUGACGGCGCCGGUGGACGAAGGCGACGACGAGAGGGAGGCGCGGGCGCCCGCGGAGGGAGACGGCGGCAGGGAGGGGGGAGGAGGAGGAGCGAGCGCGGAUGCCCGUUUGGACGGGCACGAGGCUGUUGCUCAACCACCAGCAACGGCAGACUUUCUGCAGCCACAAGAGAAUGGUGCAGGCGUCGCCAACGGUGGCCGCACAACGAUGGGGCUGGAGGCCGUCGGAGCUCGGCAGCACGAUCGGGCCCCGUCAGCGGACGCCCUCUGCCCGGCUCACCAAGGGAUCCUUAUCAGCGGGCCCGCCGCCCAACUGUGCGGUGGGCCGCAAUGUCCCCUGGCAAGGUGGCAGCCCGCUGAGGCAAUGGGCGGAAGGGGCGACUCCUGCUGUCACACACCUCCCCACGCCUGCCAAGCCUCCAGGUGAGGUGCUCUCGGACUCCGGUAGCAGGUUAAAGCAUUCUGCGGCCUGGGCUAUCGAGCGUGCAUGUGCACCUCCAAUUGACAUGGUUGUUCACUACAGUGUGAUUAUAAGUUCAACACACCUUACGUGCAUGCGGUCCAACAAGGGUUGCCACAUCUAUGAAAUAAAACUGGGAUAUUAUCAUGGGAAUAAGAUACAACGUGGAGCGUGGAGGGCCAUAUGCGAACGUGUUGUCUUGAGCGGUGUAUCAAGAUGCAACUGACAAAUCAGCUCUCGAAAAUUGCGGAAUUCAAAUCCUGCCCAGCAGGCCCUGCUCUGACUCCUUUCAAAUGAGCGGGGAGGGGGGGUCAGUAGAGUUGCUGUGUGGGGGAGCUGCCAUCACAGUGAUACACAGCAGCACCGCUAGGGAUAGGGCCCACCCCAGCACUCACUUCAUUUUUUUUCAUAACGUGGAGAGAAAAACCAGAGGACCCGGAGAGAGACAUGCAAAACUCCAAAUGUACAACAGGCGUAAGGGUCGGGAUCGAACCCACAACUUCCUCCAUUCCAGGCAAGGUAGUUAACAUCUUGCCACCGUAGCACUAGCCCUGCCACCCAGGGGUCAACGUAGCCCAUGGGGUCAAGGUAGCCCAGCGGUCAACGUACCCCAUGGGUCAACGUACCCCAUGGGUGGGCGUAGCUCAAGAGUGAAGGUAUCCCAGGGGUCAACGUAUCCCAGGGGUCAAGGUAGCCCAGGGAUCAAUGUAGCCCAUGGGGUCAACGUAGCCCAUGGAGUUAAGGUAGCCCAGGGGUCAACGUAGCCCAGCAGUCAACAUAAUCAAGGGGGCUCGUGAAGGAUGCUUUUGGGCAGUUGGACGCAGUCGCCCUCCAACAACAGCAGAGGGCAGAGGAGCGACGCUCACAACAACAAGCAGAGCGCCAGGCGCCUAAAAUAGCAACUAGUGGGCACAAUAGAGGGCACAGCUGGUGCAUCUGUCGGUUGUCUCAGCCGGUCCCGUGACCUCCUGCCAGCAGCGAGCCUUCCGACACUUGACGUGGCCUCAAAGUGCAUCUGGCCUGGCACAGACGCCUUGGCGACGUCACUCUCACUAAGUGGCGAAUGCUGUUGGUGUUGAUCUGUGAAUGUGAUUUAUUUUUUGUCAUUGUCGCUCUUCCGCUUGCAAUUUGGGAUUAACAACGUCGGUAAGUAAAGUUGUUACCUUUCAUCGAUUGUUAUUAUUAUACAAGCUGACAAGUCACCAGCGAAUCAACCACUGUCAUUAAAUAAACCUGCAAGUGCAACGAAUGUCUAUGGAUGUGCUAUGAAUCAGGGCCAUUGCCUGAAAUGUUAACUAUUAUAUACUUUUCCUUUUAAGACCGAGUAUGUUUUUUUUACAUAUUGAUAGCAUUUUUGAUAUACAGCACCAUUUCGUAGGAGUUAUUUGAACACGUAUUCAAAUACGUGUACAGCAACACCCCGAUUUAUGCCCUCCCGUUGUUUCGCUAUGACGCACCUCCGAUCAGCACGGUUGGCUACGUAUGGUGCGAAAGAAGUUCAACACAUAAAUAUUCUGCCCAAAGACUAAUACUACCCAUAGACUCAGAACUGCACCUCCGAUCAGCACGGUUGGAUACGUACGCUGAGAAAGAAGUUCAAUAUACAUACGUACUGCCCAUAGACUAAUACUACCCAUUGACGAAACACUGCCCAUAGACUCAACACGCACCUUCGAAUAGCACGGUUGACUCCGUACUCAACUUAUUAAUACCCAAUCCCGUGUUAUGUACCGUGGUACCUCGCCAUAACGAACUCGACGUUGUACGAACUUCACCGUUGAGCCCCAACAUUUUUUUAUGUUCCACGGUGAACAUUCGUGCACCAGAUUCGCGCCACUUACUACUACCUACUACUA